CUUUGACAGUGACGUUAGGUGACGUUAACCUCCUCGUUUAGGGUAGCCUUGUAUUUAAGGGCUAUGUAGUUAUAUUUUGGUUCUAAAGGUCGAAUAAGAACAUUCCUUAAAUAGUAAAACGUAAAUAGACAAUUUAUUUUAAAUGAAUACUAUUUAAUUAAGUAAUUGUGAGUGAACUAUAUUUCUGAAAUAUCGUAAGGAUCUAAAUAUGGGUCUUCGAGAGAAACCAUUAAAACGACAAAAUAGCACUGAAGAUUACAAUCAUUAUCAAUUUCUUAAAGUCUCAAACUAUGAAGAUACUGUUCGUCAAUUGGAUAUUUACUAUGGCAUGGUUAAACGUCAGUUGCUGAGGUUUCAAAGUCCAAUUACAGGACUCUUUCCUGUGUUUUCGUCUGAUGCCGAAGUAGGAAGUGUUAGAGACAGUAUAUAUUGUGCAGCUGCGGUAUGGGGCUUGUAUCAAGCUUACAGACGCAUUGAUGAUGAUAGAGGAAAAUCAUACGAACUUGGACAAUCUACAGUGAAAUGCAUGAGGGGGAUUUUGGAGUGCUGGGUGAAGCAGGCGAGAAAAAUUGAGCUGUUCAAGAAGAACCAAUGUAGUGCUCAUGCCUUGCAUGUCAAAUUUCAUUUGACCACCGGGAAUGAAGUGUUUGGUGAUAAUGAGUACAACCACCUUCAGAUAGACGUAAUUUCUCUAUAUUUGCUCUUUCUUGUGCAGAUGAUUACAUCAGGCCUGCAAAUAAUUUAUACACAGGAUGAAGUUGCUUUUGUCCAAAACUUGGUGUACUAUGUGGAGAGAGCUUACAGAACACCUGAUUUUGGUAUGUGGGAAAGAGGAAGCAAGUACAAUGAUGGAACUCCAGAGAUUCAUGCCAGUUCCAUUGGUCUAGCCAAAUCAGCUCUGGAAGCUAUAAAUGGUUGUAAUUUAUUUGGGGAAAAGGGAGCUUCUUGGAGUGUCGUUUACGUUGAUAUUGAUGCUCAUAAUAGAAACAGAAGCAUUUUUGAGACAUUGUUACCAAGAGAGUCAUGCUCAAAAGAUGUGGAUGCUUCUCUUCUUCCGACCAUAUCUUUUCCAGCCUUUUCAACUCACGAAGAAAUGUUGUAUCAAGAAACCAAGAAGAAUGUUGUUAAAAGUUUAAAAGGACAAUACGGAUUUAAAAGAUAUAUUAGAGAUGGUUUUAGGACUGAAGUUGAAAACCCUAAUAAUAGGUAUUAUGAAAAAGGAGAAAUAAAGAACUUUGAAAAUAUAGAAUGUGAAUGGCCAUUAUUUUAUAUUUUCAUGAUAAUAGAUGGAGUAUUUAAAACUCUUCCCGACCAAAUACAAGAGUAUCAAGAUUUAUUGAAAGAAAGGAUUAUGCUCGACCAUCAUGGAGAUCCUGUAAUCCCCAAAUACUACUAUGUAUGCAAAGAAAACAUCGACUCAGAAAGAGCUAUCCCAAAUUCAACAGUUAGAAGAGCGCACACAGACGGUGGCUUAUUCCUUUGGAACCAGUCCAUGUUUAUACUGUCCCAGCUGUUAACUGGUGGAUUGUUACAUAUCAACGAGUUGGAUCCAAUCCGAAGGUAUUUACCUUCUUACAAUCGCCCUAAAAAGGGUGGACGAUAUUCUGCUUUUCAGGCAAAACAAACAUUUGGAACUGCGACCGAUCUUGUCGUACAAAUCGUGCUCAUCGCUGAAUCCAUGAGACUACAAGCCAUGAUGGCCACCUACGGCAUUCAGACUCAAACGCCACACGAAGUAGAACCUGUACAAAUUUGGUCUUCCACUCAACUAGUGAAAGUGUACGAGAAUUUGGGCGUCAACUACAAACUAGGACUGAAAGGCCGGCCUCUAAGACCUGUCGGAAGUUUGGGCACCAGUAAGGUCUAUAGAAUUGCUGGAGCCACAGUUUUGUGUUAUCCCAUCAUAUUUGAAGUGUCUGAUUUUUAUCUCUAUCGGGAUAUGGCGUUGCUGAUCGACGACAUAAAAACGGAGCUCCAAUUCGUAGGAAAAUAUUGGCGACUCUCCGGUAGACCCACGGUUUGUUUGCUUAUAAGAGAAGAACAUAUGAGAGAUCCACAGUUUAAAGAAAUGCUAGACUUAUUGGCUAUGCUGAAGAAGGGGUAUUGUGAUAGCGUAAAAGUGAGGAUUGGACGGCUACAGAAUCUCAUUUCAAGUUCUUGUGUUGAACAUUUGGAUUUUAUGAAUAACUUGGAUACUGAAGAUAAAGAUUUCUUCAAUUUUAAACAGUUAGAACAUGACUACAUUGGCUACCAGAGUUUAACGGACGUGCCUAGAGUACUAGAUUUUCAAGAUGAAGCUAAAGAUUACACGAGUUACUCAAACCAAGGAACCAACGAAAUAAUAGAAAUGAUAAGAUCGGUGGAAAGCAUUUCAGCCAAGUGUCAGCUGUUCGGUAUUUUAUUGAAAAGAGAAGGUCGUCAGUUUCGCGUACACCAUACCACCGUAGAAGAACACCUUCACAGCUUGUACCAUAAAGCGGGAUGCCUCAGACAUUGGGCUGCCGUCAGAUAUACCAGCAGUUUGCUAAAUCACAAUGUUGAUUCGAUCAGUCCGUUCAUCACUGCUGUGUUGGUACACGGAAAACAGUUAACAGUAGGAGUCAUAGGCCAAAAAGAAACCGUCUUCGACAAACCCAUGACGCCAGCAGAAAUCCAAACCGUCGUAUACAACACCAUCCAACCGUACGACGUAAUCCAAGCCGUUUUGCAGCAAGAGAUCAUUCUGUAUUGCGGUCGCCUAAUAUCAACCAAUCCCGAAUUGUUUAAAGGUAUAUUGAAGAUACGGAUCGGUUGGGUACUGGAGGCCAUCAAACACUAUCUGAAAAUCUUCGGUCAUCAGAAGAGGAUCGAAGACCACAGUCCGUACGAAGUGAGGCAGCUGUUGCACAAAGUUUUAUCCAUCAAGGAGUGGGGCAAUAAAGAACAGUUAACUUCACGACAAAAACGCCAACUGGAAGGAUGCUUGUGCAGAGUUCCCUCUUCGUUCUACAAUCAAGUAUGGGACGUCAUGACCAGGACUCCGGAAGGAAUAAGAGUUGCCGGAAAUCUCAUUCCACAACAGCCAACGUUGUCGAAUAUGACCAGAUCGGAAUUGACGUUUUCUCUUUUGGUCGAAGAGAUGCUGAACCAUGUUCAACAACCCGAUUAUAGACAGCUAAUAGUCGAACUGUUGACGAUCGUUUCUACGAUAUUAGGCCGAAAUCCCGAAUUAACAUUCACCAAACCGUUGGAUCUGGAACAGUUGAUUAAAGAUGCUGCUCAUAUGUAUGCCAAAGAUCACGAUAGAUCCGAUGAAAACGUGGCGAAUUUAGUGGAGAUUCCUUACGUCAGAUCUACAGGAUAUCUAGCUAGGGCUGUGGUCAAUACUGUGCUUAAAGGCGGUUCAAUAUCGCAAGAUUUAGAAAAUGAUCCAGAACCCUGCAAAUUAUCUUAAUGUUUCAUAUUGGGAACACUUAGUUUUUGGAUCUUUUAAUGAUAUAUCUUAUAUAUUAAAGCGACUAGGUGCUUUUAUACAGCAAUAACUGUGUUUUCCUUGUUAUUUUCAUAAAAUUAUUGAUACUAUACUUUGUGAAUAGAUGAGAUUAAAAAUGUGCCAUGUUGGUUAUUGUUUGUAUUAUAUAAAAAUAAAUAAUUAUUGUUGUA